AUGGCGCCUUUGCUCGGCGUGCUGCGCGUCCUGCUGGGCGGCUUCUUCGCGCUCACGGGGGCGGCCAAGCUCUCGGAGCAGAUCGCAGCUCCCGCGUCGCAGCAGAUGAAAGCCCUGUUCGAGCAGUUUGCUGAGGUGUUCCCGUUGAAGGUGUUCGGCUAUCAGCCAGAUCCCAUGAGCUACCAAGUGGCUGUGGGCUGGCUGGAACUGCUGGCUGGGUUGCUGCUGGCCCUGGGCCCACCGAAGCUGCAAGAGAUCAGUAACUUUCUUUUGAUCGUGCUCAUGAUGGGGGCUAUCUUCACCUUGGUGUCUCUAGAAGAAUCACUGAUCACCUGCGUCCCGGCUGUCGUCUGCCUGGUGCUUCUGCUGAUGCUGGAUAUCUGCCAGUACGCAGUCAGAACUCAGAAGGUGGUCACACCCACUGGGAAAAAGUCUCCAAGCACAGUCACAAAAUCCUGAGAGUAGAGUGUCUCUUGCCUCUCUGAGCCAUGCCACUAUCAUGGCAAGAACAUGGAAGGACACAGAAUCUACCACCUUGCAACCAAUACAGUAUGUCCAGGGUCAAAAUAUGGCCAGUGUCAAAACAGACAUCUUGACUACCUGGCUCUGCUUUCUUUCUUGGACAUCUACUGCUCUUUGGCAAUAACUAGCAUUCCUCUUAUCAAUUCCUUUGUA